CCACCGUAUGACUGCCCCUCACUGGCUCCCCUUUUUCUUCUCUCGACGGAAACGGAGAAGCCAGGAGAUCGCAAUAAAGAUCCAGACCUCACACGAGAGAAAGAAUAGGAAAAGAAGGAACAAGAAAGCUAGAAUAGAAGAAGAUGUUGCUGAGGAGCUCCUCCACCCCAAUCUCGGGAUCCCUCCUCUCCUCCUCCUCCUCCCCUUUCUUCUCCGAAAGCCCCACCAACAACGGCAGCCACCACCACUACCACAGCUCGGAGAGAAGUUCCUCUUCCUCCUCCUCCUUCCCCUACGACGUCGCCCACCACCCCAACCCCUCCCUCCGCUGCCGCUUCCCCCCACUCUCCGGCUCCUCCGACCGCGACCCCUCCUCCCUUGGCUUCCGUAGAGCCCACUCCGACGGCAACCUCAGAUACCUUCUCCCCGACGACUCCCACCACCCCCAAGUAAAAUCCUCUCCCUCCGGUCGCCAAACCAACCCAGUUCUCGAGACCAUCCCCUCCUUCUCCAUGCACAAUUCCAAAGAAGAGGAAGAAGAACCACAACAAGAUGAAGAGGAAGAAGAGGGCGGCGGCAGGCUCACAAGAUCGGUUACGAUCGGAGAUAUCAUAACAGCAGAAUCUGGCUUCUCGGGCGAGAAUAAAAAUGUCGGCUUGGACGAGAAUUCUCUGGGAAAUGGAAAAGUUGGCGGCAAUGCGGUGCCACCAUUGUAUCUGGCCAGAGGUCUCGGGAUAGAUCGUUUGGGCUCUGGAAUCAUGAAUGCUGGUGGUGGCAGCGGCGGCGGAAAGUUUGUUGUUCGGACCGGCAAUGGAGGAGAGCAAUUCGAUAUGGAGACUUAUUAUAAGAUGAUGGUUGAUGAGAACCCGGCCGAUGCUCUGUUCCUGAGAAACUAUGCUCAGUUUCUUUACCAGACCAAGGGUGAUCCUCAAAGAGCUGAGGAGUACUACUCUCGUGCCAUACUUGCAGACCCCAGCGAUGGAGAGAUCCUGUCACAGUAUGCUAAAUUGGUAUGGGAGCAGCACCAUGACCAGGAACGAGCUUCUUGUUAUUUUGAACAGGCAGUUCAGGCUGCUCCUCAUGAUAGCCAUGUUCUUGCGGCAUAUGCCGGAUUCCUGUGGGAAAAAGAGGACAAUGGAGUAGAAAGUGGAGAAGGUGGUCGAUCACAAGAUGAUGUUGGAGCAUCCGUUAAUCAUGGAGCAUUGGCAUCUGCAACCACUUGAUCAUAAAGGCAUGGUUUCAGUGGGAAACUAACAAUGUAUCGCUUGGAAAAGUAAAAUGUUGCAUAAUGUGCUGAGGAAUAUCUUGAAAAUAAUGAGAGUUUGAAACAUGACUAGAUUAGUGGACUCAUUGGACGGCCCCGUCUUAUGAUAGAAAGUGGAAGAAAAGCUUUUGUCCAGCUUUUGUCCAGAGACUUGAGAAUACAAUAACAGCGUUUAUGUUUGUCACGCUGAAUGAUAUUAUUCAUUGGAUAUGUUAAACCAGUCUGCAUAUCCCUUGCUUUAUGCGAAAUUUGAUCUUGCUCCUUCGUGA